AUGUCUUUAACUACUCAGCAACAUACCAAAGCGGACACUAAAAAUGGUUCAGACCUGAAGAAUUUGCCAGACCUCCACCUGAACUAUGGUGCUCCCGGAUCUACUUAUGGAAACUUUGACACUCAUUUUUUUGAUGGACAGGAUGAGAUCUCUCCCGAUGGAAUCUUAAGACUUAAAAAAUCUUAUAGAGACCAAUCCAAGUACGCUGAUUUUUUGCCAACAUGGAACCCAAAUGAGAAAUAUCCACCAUUGAAGUUUCACAAGUACAAUGAUGUAGCUUUAAGAGCUGAUCCCGAGUUUCCGAAUCUUUUCCCCAAAGGUCAUGAAAGCCAUUUCAAGACUAAAAAGAUCACUCCAAAACUGGGUACUGAGAUAGACGGUGUACAAUUGAGCGAAUUAUCUAGCGCAGGUAGGGAUGAACUGGCCUUGUUGGUAGCUCAACGUGGUGUCAUAGUGUUCAGAAACCAAAAUUUUGGUGACAAGGGCGCUGCUCAUGCGUCUGAAUUUGGAAGACACUUUGGAAGACCUCACAUUCAUCAGACUAGCGGUCAUCCAGAAAAGUAUUCGAAUCUACAUAUUACCUUCCGCAGACCUGACAGAGACGAGUUUUCGAGAGUUUUCAAGGAUUCACAUUCAUCCAUCGGCUGGCACACUGAUGUUUCUUACGAAUUGCAACCUCCAUCGUAUACAUUUUUCAAUGUCCUUGAAGGCCCAGACGGUGGCGGUGAUACUUUGUUCGCAGACACUAUCGAGGCCUUCGAUAGACUGUCGAAACCUUUCCAGGAUUUCUUGAGUACUUUACAUGUUAUUCACAGCUCUAAGGAACAAGCUCAGAAUUCCAAGAACCAGGGUGGAAUUCAAAGAAGAAAACCUGUUACCCAUAUUCACCCAUUGAUCAGAGUUCAUCCUGUUUUGAAAAAAAAGAGCUUGUACGUCAAUCGCGCUUUCUCCAGAAGGAUUGUAGAAUUGAAGAAGCCUGAGUCUGACGCUCUGCUGGAAUUUUUGUACAAAUUAGUCGAAGGUGCCCACGAUUUGCAAUUGCGGGCCAACUGGGAGCCAGGCACCACCGCUAUUUGGGAUAACCGUAGAGUUGUCCACUCGGCGGUGAUUGAUUGGGAAGAACCAGUUCAAAGACAUGCAUUCAGAAUUACUCCUCACGGUGAAAGACCUGUUGAGGACUUGAAGUAUCUGAACGAUGAAAAUUACUACCCAUCUUCCCAUACUCUAGACAUUUGA